CGUUUGUUCACUCGUUCGUUCGCUCGCUCGCUCGCUCGCUUGUGCCUCGCUAAUGCGAUUGCUCAGCGACGUGUCGGCCACAUUCGUCGGCCGAUAUGUGUCGCUCAUUCAUCUAUAUCGUACGUCGAUGUCAUUCAUCGACGACUUCCUCUAACUGGCCUCGACGCCGGCCCCGCGUCAGCGGAGGAUCGUUUCCGCGCGAUCGCGGCGACGCGCGUUAUCCUCCGCGCCCGAUCGAACAUCAUCUCCCGAGAAGAUGCCGGCUCUUGCUUGCGCGAUCGAGCAUUGGCGUACAACACGCUCUCUCUCUAUGUCUUUCUUUCUUUCUCACUCCUGGUGAUGUCGCAUGCGAGUAUUUUUUUGAAGUGAAUCAGCAAAGAUAUUUCUGAUUGAAUCGGCGAGAGGAGUAUUUCACUGCUGAUCAGCGGGUGUGUUCACUGACGCUCUCACUGAAAACAUUCCCAGCUUACUGCCUCGUCUUAUAUCUCACUAAUUUCCGAUCCGUGGGAGUGAGAUUCCACUGCAACAUCUCUGGCACAUGAACUCGUUGUACGAGAUCCAACUUUCUGCGUUCCAGCUGAUGGAAUUGUUUACGGCUUUCAGGCAAUCUGCACGCGCGAUGGCACCCUCUGUGUGUCGCAAACUGCAUCAGUAAUGGUAACACUAUUAACUGAUAUAUCCCUUCAGGGAGACCUUACUGUGAUUGCAGUGCUGUAUACUUGUGACUGAACUGCCAGUUAGAAGUAUAGCAUUUCGGUGAAGAGAUGCACCGAUGGUGCUUCAGAGAGGGAGCAGCGCGCAGGGGUUCGCGCGUGAAAUAUCACGGUUCGCUCGCGAUCGCUCGAUCGCCUCAGCUUCAUUUCUCUUUGUUACUUCACUCGCGUUUGCGAAAUCGAACAUCCGCCAGGAACAUUAUUCACUUCGCAUCGCGCACACUCGAGAAUCACGGCCCGUGCACUCGCACGUCGUGCACCCGGGGAGAUCGUGGAUAUCGAAAUAUCUAAGUUGUUGUCGGCCUCUACUACCCCCCAGCACGCAAAGUCGGUCGUUUCUCUUCGCGGUGACGUCGCGUGCGCUACUUACUCGCAUCCUGAGAACGCAUGAUGCUUCUUACCCCACUGUAGACCCUCAAACAUCAGAGUGGGAGGUUAUACACGUACAAUGUAUAUUGCAAGGUUGAAGGAUAUUGAAAAAUCAAAAUCGUUGCGCCGAGUCUUCUCUUCACGACGAGCCGAUCGUAUUUCCCUACGUGGCGACGUUACGGUACAAUCCGCGUGAUUGAAUGUCCUGAGAAUAUUUAUUCGUCUACACCUCUUGCUUUACGUUUACGAUAGACAUCCGAAUAUCGAAGUAGUUUCCGAGUUAAAUUUUGUCUCUAAGCUGCUCUGUCCUGGUGUUAUUCCUCGCGACUUAUUCCAUGUUCCUCGUGGCUGCUAUGCGGCACACCGAAACGCUCCAAAGCACGCCGUGACUUUAACCCUUUGUGAGGUGCGUGAUCUACAGGUGUAAUUUAAAGAUCAUGCAUUAAAGAUACAUUAUUUUUUCUAAUAUCAACGGAGAUAAUAUUACAGUUUUUUUGUGUAUAAAUGAUUUUCUAUUGUGUAUUGUGUUUCUAGUGGGGCAAAAAUAAAACUGUCAGUAAAAUCUAUCUUGCUAAGGUAAAUCGAGAUAAAGGCAAAUUAAACUGAUAUAGUAAAUUUCGCUGGAAACAUAGCAAAUUUCUUAACAGCGUUUCAGUUCCUAAAAUACAAAUGCACGUAUGGAAUAGAAGGACAGUCAAUCUAUUCUUCGGCUGCAAAAUUCUCCCCGGAUACAUGGUCUAUUAUACAUAGUUUAUAUUAUUUGUAUUUACAAAUAAAAAUAUAUAUAUAUCUGACAGAAUACACGUCUGUAGUGAUAAAACUGGCGUCUAAAAUAAGGUACAAGAUGCACGCGCCUACUGAAGGGUUAAAAUCCUUGUUUCUGAACACUUUUCUCUGGGGAAAAGUCGUCAUUCCCGCUUGUUUUAGUCCUAGACGAUAAGUACUUGUAUAAAACGCCAUAGAUACUUGAUUCUGUUGUCGAAAUUUGUAUCAUUGUUCACCAACUGCACACGAACUUCUGCAAAUUGCGCUUUUCCUUGGGACAAAGAUCCAUCCCUAGACUUCAUGGUCAAGUGAUUCUUCGUUGCUUUUACAAGUGACAUCGGCUCUUGAAUAAAGACCAGUGUCCUGUUCCAUUGCUGUUACUCGAUAUCAUUUUGUCCCUGCGUUUAACAGAGUACCUUGCGUUUCGUCACGAGUACCGCGAGCACCGCCGGCCGGCGAUCCAAUCGUACGAGUGUAUGAAAACUUUAUUAAUCACGAGCGACCGUGUUCCAUCAUUCGGACCGUCACGAUGAUGUUGCAGAAUUUGGAAAGUGCCGCCUCACGACGGGACUCUUAAUCUCCCUCUUAUUAGAACUCGUAACGGGAAGAGCCGCAACGCGGCCGAAACGAGAUCUGCUUUGCCUGCUUUCAACGACCCAAGACGAUUGAGUUGGCCCUUUGAACAGCCCUUUCUCAUUUCUGAUACCUGGUUUCUCAGAUUAACGGAUUUUCGAGAACGUUCGACGAGCAGUUCGAGUCUCGUCCGGCCUUUGAAAUCUUAAUCCUUGGUCAAUAUCAAGAAGAAGAAGAAGAAGAAUACCAGAGUUACGGAGCUUAUUAGCCGAUCCUUGCUUCCUUCAUCUUGUCUUCAUCAGCGGGAGCAAUCAUCCGUAGAAUCUGACGAGCGAACAACGGAAGAACGAAGACGAGAUUCCCCAAAUCACGAACGGAAGACGACGCAAGAAUCGUCAAAGGUGCGAAGGGGAGAAAAACGGUCUCCCGCAAGGUGUCGAAAUGUCGUUUGGAUCGAUCCGCUAGGCCGGCCGAGGGCGUUCCGUCAGUUUCUACCCUCCGACUCACACGCGGCCGGCACGCACGCCGCGUAAAUUCCGCCCUCGUCGCGCGGAGAGGAUUCGCGCGGGGUCGCGAUGCGGCGGGAAGCGAUGCGCGCGACCGUUUCCGCCGCGGUUCGCCGCGAGCCGAUGAACUGAUACCGCCGAAGGUGCGCGCGAAGGCACCAGCCCCGUCGUAAGCGUCUCCUGGACGCCGUCCGCGGUGUGCUCCCUUCGGAUCACGCGAGUGACCUCGCGGGUGAGAAGCGUCGCGGGAGAAGCGGCGCCGGAGGAUGGAGCGGAACCGAAGGUGCGCGAGCUCGCACAAGCGUCGAAGGACAGGAUUCGCGUCCUCGUGCGUCUCCUCUUGAGGCCCACGUCGACGUCGUGUCCGGCUAGGCAGUCGGAUACGAGGCGUUGAGCGCGAGCGCGCCGAUUAAUCGCGAGUGUAAACUGCGAGCGUCGCUGGUGUUGCUUCAGCGUUCAGCGGGCGCCUGAUAGAAGUUCGCUAAUCAACGUGAGCGAUACGUACGUAAACACGCGGAGUGCUCGUACCUCGCCCGGGUGGUUUCGUCAAAGCCCGCUCUCUCUCUCCCUCCACCGUCGCCGGUCUUUUCCGAAACUUCGUGAAUUUCUGGCGAUCGGGCCGGAUGUUGUGUUUGCGCAAAGGCGGAGAAAUUAUGUAAACAAAACCGCGCGGGAGAACUCGCAAACUUGAAUCGCGAACGUUGCAAGAGAAGAAGCGAGGGAAGGACGAGGCGGAAAGUACGCCAUAGAAGAGUUCCAGAGUCGCUCGGGUGGCCGCGAUCGGUUCGAUCACGGAACCGUCGACGGAACCCCAAAAGCACGUAUCGAAAACGUGAAAAGAGAGAAAGAGAGAGAGAUACUUAUCAUAUAUCAGGGGAACGAAAAGUCCCAUCUUAACUUUAACCGAGCAUCCGACAAAGCACUCCGAAUGUCGCGCGGAGACCUCGCGGGGGUGCUGGAGUGCCAUGACCGGGGAAGUGAAUGAAUGAGUGAGUGAGUGAGUCCGAGUUAAGAGUCGAAUUGGAAGUCGGGGGAGAUCGAGGAAGCGGGACAGGUCGGCCGGGGUUAUACGAAGUCAGACACCGGACGACGAAAGAAUUUGCGAGGGCGGUGGUAUCGAUCGGCGGGAUCGAUCGAGCUUCAAAACGCCGCCCAACGAAUCGAGUCGCGUCGAGGGACUUGGGCGAAAGAGAGAGAGAAAGAGACACACAACGAAGAAUCGUCAGCGAGAAAAGAGGGUGGAGGAGACGAGAAGUCACGUACGCUUGUGUCUUGCACUCUCGCGGGAAAUCAGCGACCGCGGAGAGAAGCCGAGUUGGGCCCGGCGGUCUCCAGUGGUGCCGUCGUCUUCUUCCUUGCAAACGGGUGCCUGACAAAUUGAUAACGAGUCAAUAACGUCGCACCGCGUGAAAAAGAGACGAACCUGAGUGCAGAUCCUCGGGGUGAAUCGUGAGUCGAAGGGGACGAGGGGCUUUCUUCCCUAAAAAGGAAAAGAAGAAGAAAAGCCGCAGACGCUCGUUGUGUUUAACCGCACGUCGGGGAGCGGCCCUUAAGUUUCAUGGCGGAUCCAUCGGCGUUCCGCCUCUCGCGCCCUUUGCUGAUCGUAGAGGAGCGGCUCGAUCGUUGCGCCCACACGAGCGACGACGACGACGACGACGACGACGCGAGGGGACAAGACGCGUUUUUGAAAACGCCCCGAACGCGGGGGAUCACCCUCGCGGCUGGAACAGACGGUUUUAGUUCGGUUUUAGUUUGCGCGCGCGGCAGAAAAUCGGCUGGUCGUCGAUAAGCGCGAGAUUAUAGCGAACAGCGAGGAUCAGAAGAUCAGGCGGUGAAAUUGGGAAGAUCAGGCGAGAGCGGAGAACAAGGGAGAGCGACAGAGAAAGGGAGAGAGAGCGAGAGAGAGAGAGAGAGAGAGAGAGAAAGAGAAUAUCAGCGACGUGAACACGCCACCAGAAAAGGGAUACCAAUUCGGCGCGGAUUCGUCCUCGCCUCCUGUUGCCCUCCUUUUCCCCUUUGCUGGUCUCCACACUUGGCCUCUCUACGUUUGGGAACUUUGAGCGCGGCGAUCUAUAACCGUGCGCCGCCCUUUAAGGUGGCUUAAAGGAUAUCACGAGAGACCCAGGAUGCGAGCCGGCCCCCGCAGUGCCGUCGGGGGAAUCAGACCCUUUAUUGGGAACAGGGAGAAAUGAAGUUAUCAGUGUCGGCUUAUACAGCUCAGGCUAGUGCUCACAAGAAUCUCUGCAGCUAUCAGCAACAGCGGAGCUACGGGGCCACCAAUCAGGCGUCCACGGCCCGGGCCCCCUCAGACCUCGCGACGGUCCUUCCUGCCCUCAAGGUGGAUCGGGGGGAAAAGGAGGAGGGACAGGGAGAGGGUGGUCUGGCGCCGUCCUCAGCGGGUUUCAGCGGUGGUGCUUCCAGUUCGAGGAUGGGCCCCGGGCCCGAUUCUGGCAGCAGCGCUCCCUCUUCGGUACCCCAGUCGUUGGCUACCUCAAGGGACGACGAGGACGACGAGGACGAGGAGAGCAGCGGUAGGAGGUCUAAUGGCCACGGAAGAUCGAGAACGAAGAGCAAUCAGCGGUGGAUGAAACUGCGCACGACGGUGCAGCUGUCCUCGGCGAUCUCCACGAUACAGAAGAAGCCGCCGCUCAAGCGCGAGGAUUCCUUCCUCAAGAGGUUCUCCACCAGGCAGAUCCCGGAGAGCCAGGAGACUCUCGACACCGGCGAAGGCGAGGGGGACGCGACCGACAAAGAGACGGGCAGUCGGCGCCGCAGACGGCCUCGCAAGCCCCAGAAGCCUCCCAAGACCGUGGUGAAUCCGGACGAGAACUUCUACUACUACUGGCUGAUGCUGCUGUCGGCCUGCGUACUGUACAACCUAUGGACGCUGAUCGUGCGCCAGAGUAUGCCGGAGCUGCAGGCGCUGUCGCCUGCAGCCUGGCUCUCCUGCGACAGCUUCACCGACCUCGUGUUCUUCCUGGACGUGGCGGUGCAGUUCCGCACCGGCUAUCUCGAGCAGGGCCUGAUGGUAUACAACAGCCGGAAGCUGGCCGGCCACUACCUCAAAUCCAAGUCGUUCGUGCUCGACCUGCUGGCCCUGCUGCCGCUCGACCUGCUGCAGGUGAACUUCGGCAGCAACCCGAUGCUGAGGUUCCCGCGCUUCCUCAAGAUCUACCGCGUGUACAAUUACUACUACAUGGUGGAGUCGCGCACCGUCUACCCAAACUUAUGGCGCGUGCUGAAUCUCAUUCACAUACUGCUCAUACUGGCGCACUGGUUCGGCUGCUUUUACUACCUGCUGAGCGAGACCGAGGGCUUUCAGGGCGACUGGGUGUACCCGUACCGGCCCGGCGAAUACGCUACCUUGACCAGGAAAUACCUGGGCUCCCUCUACUGGUCCACCCUGACGCUGACGACGAUCGGCGACCUGCCCACACCGGAGACCAACGCCGAGUACGUCUUCACGAUAGUCAGCUACUUGAUCGGCGUCUUCAUAUUCGCGACCAUCGUCGGCCAGGUCGGCAACGUCAUCACCAACAGGAACGCGAAUCGUCUCGAGUUCGAGCGGCUCUUGGACGGCGCCAAGACCUACAUGAGGCACCACAAGGUGCCGGGCGGUAUGAAACGGCGGGUGCUCAGGUGGUACGACUACAGCUGGUCGCGUGGCAGGAUCCAGGGCGGCGGUGACAUCAACACCGCCCUCGGUCUACUACCGGACAAGCUCAAGACCGAGCUGGCGUUACACGUGAACCUCUCGGUGCUGAAGAAGGUCACCAUUUUCCAGGAGUGCCAGCCGGAAUUUUUGCACGAUCUCGUCCUAAAGAUGAAGGCCUACAUUUUCACCCCCGGUGAUUCGAUAUGUCGGAAGGGCGAGGUCGCCCGUGAGAUGUUCAUAAUAGCCGACGGUAUUCUGGAGGUGAUCAGCGAAACUGGCAGAGUUCUUACGACAAUGAAGGCCGGAGACUUUUUCGGCGAGAUUGGUAUACUCAAUCUGGACGGAUUGAAUAAACGCACAGCUGACGUUCGCUCGGUGGGUUACUCCGAGCUGUUCAGUCUCUCUCGGGAAGACGUGCUGGCCGCGAUGAAGGACUACCCAGAGGCGCAGGAGAUCCUGCAGAACCUCGGCCGGAAGCGGCUGAUGGAAGCGCAGAGGGUGGCGCGGGCGUCACGUCGGCCGACGUCUCCUGGCCACGACUCCUCCGACAACAGCACCGGCAAGCGGAUCGUCGACAAGCUGAAGAGCGACGUGAAGGGCCUGAAGAACGUGCUGAGGAAGAGCCGGCGCAACACCAGACCCGAGGAGAGCCUGGAACUUCAACCGUUGGCGCCGAAAAUGCCGGCGCUGAAGAGGCAGCAGAAGAUCGACGACGGCCAAGAUCUGUGCCUACCGAACAGCCAAGAGCCACCGGUGUCGCCGUUGGGCGCCGGCCUGCCCUUGCUGUCCAGGCUCAGGCUGCUGAAGGAGAAGGAGGAAAGAGAGGAGCGACGCAACCUGAUGGACACGUUGAGCCAUGCGGCAGAGCCACACCCGCCGCCACCCACGGAGGCCUUGAACCCCACAAACCCGAAUCUACCGUUCCUACAGAGGAUACUCCUGCUGAAGGCGAAGAAUGAGCAAGAGGCCCAAGUGGAGAAGGAGGUGCCCACUAAGGAACCCUUGCUGCCUAAGAACACCAUCCCCGAGGAGACCUCGCAGAUGGAAGAGGAGCAGUCCUCGUCGGGUAGUCAGGCCAUCGCGACCAUCACCUCGGAGGUUGAGACGCGAGCGCCCGUGGUGAACGCCAAGAAGCCUUGGGCCAUGCUGAAGAAUGCGUCGUUGACCAAGGACAACUCACCGCAGAAGAGCCCGCCGACCAAGAAGCUGCAGCAGACCAAGAUGUACGCCUCCGUGGACGACCUGUCGCCGGAGUACUGCGGCCUGCCGUUCGUCAAGAAGCUCAAGAUCCUCAACGAGAGGCAGAAGUUGGCCGAGCUGGAGAAGGCGGUGAGGAGCUCGUCCCUCGACUGCGGCGAGAACGCUGAGCCGGAGUUCGACGGCAACCUCACAAGGAGCCAUUCGGAAGCCUGCGCCAUCGAGUAUGCCAGGAAACUGGCCAAGCUCAAUCAAGAUCGGCAAGCAACCGCGACGGUGUCGUCGGUGGAGCAGCUGUCGCCGGAGAACGAGACGCUGGAGAGGCGGAACCUAAAGAGCAUCCUGAAGAAGCUGUCGGCCAGCAGCAGAACUGGCAGCUCCGAGACUUCGGCUACCAGCACGCCGGAUCGCGAGGCUGCCACUGCCGAGCUGAAGAGGCUUAUGAGAGCGCCGACGAUCGAGGGCUACGCCGCGCGGCACUCCAAGCUGUCCAAGAGCGUAACCUUCAACAAGUACACGCUGCAGAGCCCGCCGUCCGAGCAAGUCAUCCCGCAACCCAACUACCCGCUGUCCGAGCUCCAGGAUCAGCCGCCACUGCCGCCGCCCAAUAAACUCAGUUUCCGUCCUGUGGGCAGUGUCGGCGUCCUGCAAAUGGUGUCACGGCCGAGGGAGGAGGAGUGCCUGGGCGAUCUGCUCUCUGGAAUCAGCGAGGUCAUUAAGGCGGGCCUGGAGAAUAUGCAGAUUAAGUUCGAGCGACAGUUCACGUCUCUGGAGCUGGAGGUUCGCAAGCGCGACGAGAUAAUAUCGCAACUGCAGUCGCGGAUCCAGGAGCUGGAGCGGCGGGAGUCGCGCGACGGCGACGACUCCGGCGGCGACAGCACCGAGCACGACGCCUCGCUGGAGGAGGACCUGGACGACGAUCGCGAGGACCAUCCGUUCAUGCGGGACAGCUCGGUGGACACCGUCCUGACCACACGAUCGCACGACCGCCGUUCGUCCUCGUCGCUGGGCUCGAGCUCGCGUAGCAGAAGGUCCUGGGAGGAGCACUCGGAGAGAGAGACCUUGGAGCUUCAGGAGCUGCCGAACUCGAUAGUGCCGCAGCGACUGUCGUCGCGGGAGGACGUGGCGAUCGACCUGGAGUCGAACAGCGACAGCAGGUCGGACGAGGAGUUCGACGUUCGCCGACGUCGCAAGGGCGACAGCGACGAGGGCGACGAGGAAGACGAGGAGGAGGAGGAGGAGGAGGAGGAGGAAGAGGAGGAGGAGAACGAAGACGACGAUGACGACGUGGACGACGACAAGAUCGUGCGGCAAGACGGCUACAACAAUUGGGAAGUCGCCCUGUUGGCGAAGCAGCUCGAGGCGAGGAGAAGGAGCAGCGACAACGCCGGUAGCCCGGGUUCCUAGCGCAUUAACGAGAUUCUAGAAAUACUGUGUUACCUCACGAACACGAUACGCUCCGACGGUUGGUGCAACCCGCUGGCUGGGCACGGUAGUGCAGCUUUUUGCGAACACGAUCAUCGCCCGUCAUCGUAUUCGCAGUUAGACUUCGAUAGUAUGACUAGCCGUAGCGAGACUAUGAUGUAGUCUGGUCGCAGGGUAUGCCAGGUAGCGAGCGGACGCGCGGCCGUUGAUAUCGGAUACUCCUUUUCGGUAUCUCAACGUUAAAAACGGAAUUUCGCGAGUUUUUACAGUAUAACGCGUUACAGAGAGAAUCUUUCACUAUACUACUACUAUUACUGCUACUUCGACUUCUAUUAUUAUUACUACUACUACUGUUAUUACUAAUACUAUUACUACUACUACUACUACUUACUGAUACUACUACCGUCGCGCAUUGUUGUUUUCCGUCGAGUGUCAUUUCGUUUAAAUAUACGUUUCUCUUCUUCUGUUGCUCCUUUUUCUGUAACUCGUUUUCGUAUCCCGUAGCAACGUUGCCGCAGAGACAUUACGGAGAGAUGUGUACUUUUGUAUAUUUUGUACAUUUUCGAUCACUCUCCUCCGCCCCUGUUUAUCUUUAUUCACACGUUCACUCGUUUGUUUUGUAUUAUUCAUAGGUAUUCUGAUACCGUGAUGGUGACCAGCUCGAAUCGCAACUUCGUUUCUUGCAAAUACACAUUUGUUGAAUUGUAAAUAAUUCACAGGUGCCUGAGGAAAUAUUAUACUUGAAGUAUGCAGAAUUUAUAUAUAAACAUCCUAAUUGAACGUACAAGAUACCUCAGAAUAGACGCGUACCAACAGCAAGGUUGCAAUCUAGAGGGAGUUCCUUAAUUACCAAUUGAAAACUUUCUGGGACGGAAAUUGAAACCUGAGCUACAAUGUCAACGAUAAUAUCCAAACACCAUUGCAUUCUAUGCUGUCGACUUACCGGAAGUACCUCGACCGUUUUGUUGGCAACGUGUGUGUACAAGAUAUCUUCUCUCAAAUGUAAAAUCAAGACUAAAUUUCUUCGAGAAUACAAUCAUGCUACUGGUAUACAUACAUAUAUAUAUAUAUAUAUAUAUAUA